AUGUCGCCCAAGACACAAGAGCCACAAAUCGUCUCCAUCACAGAUCUAGACCCCGCGCAAGCGAGAUGGGUUACGCUCAAGAGAGUCGAUUUCAUAGACCAGACAGGCACUCCUCGCAACUGGGAGAUCGCCAUCCGCAAGACAACCCCAAAGUCUGGCGUUGAUGCCGUGGCCAUGGGCAACAUCUUUGUGCACCCUUCCAAGCCACCCAGUACCAUGCUAGUCCUGCAAUAUCGUCCGCCCAUCGGCAAAUACACUGUCGAAUGGCCCGCGGGAUUGGUUGACGAGAACGAGACGCCAGAGGAAGCGGCAAUCCGAGAGAUGAAGGAGGAGACCGGGUAUGAUGGGAGGGUCUAUGAUGUGUCACCUACCUUGCCGAGUGACCCCGGAAUGACAAAUGCCACGAUCAAGCUGGUCAUGGUGGAGGUGAAGCUGAAUGCGGAAGAAGAUUUUAUGCCGGAACAAAAACUCGACGACGGCGAGUUGAUUGAAAGAGUGAUGGUGCCGCUGAGCGAACUCUACGAGAGGUUGUUGAAGUGGGCGGACCAGGACAACUUUAUGGUCGCAGCAAAGUUGUUCUAUUUCGCGGCAGGUAUGCACUUUGCGAAACAUGGUGGAUACAUUUGA